AUGGGAUAUAUAAAUAAUAACAAAGAGUUUAUACUCAAUAAUAGAGAUAGGCUAUUCCCAAAUAUAGAAAAGUCAUCAUCAAUAUUAUUAAGCAUAUUUUUAUCAAUAUUUUUUGUAGUUGUAUUAUACUUUAGGAAUGUAGUAACUAAUAGAAAUGAUCCAAUAGUUAUUAAAAAAAGAUUAAGAAGGGUUUUAUUUUCAACUAUAUUUUCAUUAGUAGUUUUAUAUUUAUUAAUACCAAAUUCAAAUAAUAAAUUUACAAUAUUUUUAGAAAUUAUUGGUAUACCACUUAAUUUUAGAGAUUUAAUAAAUUCAUUUGGACCAUUGUUUUUAACAAUAAUAUUAUUUUUUGGACCAGUUGUAAUGGCAUUAACUGAUGAAGAUGAUGAUACUUUUAAAAUUUAUUUUAAUUUUGAAAGUUUAAGAGAUUAUAUAGUUGGACCAUUAGUAGAAGAAGUUGUAUUUAGAUCAGUUAUAUGUCCAAUUUUAUUUUUUGCAGGUUUUAAAAUUAGACCAAUUAUAAUUUUAUCACCAUUUUUAUUUGGAUUUGCACAUAUGCACCAUAUGUUCCCAUUAAAUAAUAAGAAAUUAUUAGUUACACUAAUCAAAACCAUUAUUCAAAUUUGUUUCACAAGUUUAUUUGGUAUGUUUUCUGCAUUUUUAUUCUUUAGAACUGGCAAUAUCCUCAGUUGUUUCAUUGUACAUGCAUUCUGUAAUAUUAUGGGUUUACCAAACUUUGGUGGUAUUUCAUAUCAUAAAUAUAAACAAGUCAUUGGAAUUUGUUUUAUUAUAGGUUUAUUAGGUUUUGCAGUUUUAGUAUUACCAUUAACAAACCCUGAAUACUAUGAAUCACUUUAUAAUGUCAUAGAACCAUGGUAA